AUGUUUGAUUUUAUUCAUUUUUGGUCUUUUACAUUAUUUACUGUUUAUAAAGAAUUUUAUUUUUAUCCUGUUCAACAUACACAUGAAAAUAUUCAAAGUCUUCAGUUAAUUAAUGAAUUACGUAAUCGUACUCGUUGGUUUCCUGGUAUAGUUGGUUCACUAAUAUUACUUAUAAUAGCUAUUAUUCGUAAGCAGUUAGCAUUGGAUCGUAUAUUCGAAUUAAUUGCUUUAUGUUCUAUUGUGAUAUGUAGUUCGGGUAAAUAUCGAUUAUAUUUUGUUUUAUUGAUUGCAAUGAUUUCACUUGGAUUUGAAAUUAUUGAACAUAAUAAUGAUUGUAAAUUAAUUGCAAUAUUACAUGCUCAAACAAUGUUUAUGUUACAUAUAUAUUUAACUUCUGUUAGAAUGGAUGUUUGACCAUCAUCGAAACAAAAGCGACUUCCAAUACUAUUAUCGAUACUCUUUGGUAUUAUCGCCGGUCUUUUUCUCAUUGUUGUAAUUAUACUAGCGAUAUUAUUUGGUCAUGAAAAAAAUAAAACAAUCAGGUAUUCAACAACAGCAGUGAAAAUUCCAGUUAAUGAUACAAAUGAUUUAUGUUUAAGUCCAUAUUGUAUCAAAGCAGCCAAUUAUUUUCUUGAAAGUAUCGAUGAAAGUGUUGAUCCAUGUGAAAAUUUUUAUCAAUUUUCAUGUGGGAAUUGGAUUAAAAAUGCCAAAAUACCAGAAGAUGCGAAUUCUCAUAAUACAUUUGAAAUAAUGCAACUUGAAGUAAAUAAUGAUAUUAUUGAUCUUCUUUCAUCACCAAUAUCAAAUGAAACUAUAGAACCUAAUGCAAUUGGUAAUGCUCGAAGAUUAUUUUCUUCAUGUAUCAAUGAAGAAGCUAUUGAAGAAGAAGGCAUUGAUGUAAUACUUUCAUUUAUCAAUACAGAAUUAGGUGGUUGGCCUAUUUUACACGGAUCAACAUGGGAUUCAUCUACAUUUGAUCUUACUAAUUUAUUAACUAAACUUGGUCAAUAUAACGUAUUUACAUUGUAUUAUGUCGGAACUUAUCCUGAUGAAAAAAAUUCAUCAAGUUAUUGUAUUUAUAUGGGUCAAGGUAGUCUUGGUUUAUCAGAUCGUAGUUAUUAUAUUAAUGAAACUGGAAUUACACAAGCCUAUCGACAAUAUAUGAAAAAUAUUGCUUUAGCAUUGACUAAUGAUACAUCAAUAAUUGAUAAUGAUAUUAAUGAUAUAUUUGAAUUUGAAAAAACAAUUUCUCAAUAUUUCUGGACACCAGCUGAACAAUAUAAUCAAAUACAAGAUCGUACAAAUUUUAGUAAUCUCUCUUCUACAAUGAAUACAACUUUUAAUUUUACUGAUUAUCUUCAACGUAUUUAUCGUUUUGGAAAUGUAAGUCUUAUCGAUACAGAUAUUGUUACAUUGACUGAAUUGGCAAUGUUACGUAAUGUUUCAAUGAUUAUUGAUCAACAAUCAUCGCGUACUAUACAAAAUUAUUUAAUAUGGCGAUUUAUGAUGAAUAUGAUAGAAUCUAUGCCUAAAAAAUUUCGAAAUAUUAAACAAGAAUUUAAAAAAACAUAUGACGGCAUUACCAGUCAAAAACCACGUUCAAUAAAAUGUGUUACUUUUGUUACUAGAAAUAUGGGUCUUGCUGUAUCGAAACUUUAUAUAGGGAAACAUUUUGAUAAAACUGCUCAUAAAGAAUCAACUGAAAUGAUUCAAUAUAUUCGAAAUAUUUUUACUGAUAUGAUUAAUCAAUCGGUAUGGAUGGAUUCUAUUUCAAAAAAUGUAGCUAUAGAGAAAAUUCGAGUAAUGAGUCAACGAAUUGGUUAUCCUGAUGGUUUAGAUAGUGAUAAUAUAACGGAUCUUGAAAAAAUAUAUGAAGAGUAUAAUUUUAAUUCAUCUUAUAUACAAAAUGUCUUCACUAUAAUUCGACUAGCUGCAAAACAUAAAUUUCAAAUAUUACGUGAACCCAUUAAUCGAAAAGCUUGGACAUAUCUCAAUCCAACUGAUGUCAAUGCAAACUAUCGUCCAUGGUUCAAUGAUAUAACUCUCACGGCUGCCAUUCUUCGAUCACCAUUUUUCAAUAAAGACGCACCCAAAUAUUUGAAUUAUGGUGGUAUUGGAAUGGUUAUAGGACAUGAAUUUACACAUGGAUUUGAUAGUAUUGGUCGACAAUUUGAUAAAGAUGGAAAUAGAAUUCCUUGGUGGACUAAUGAAACAAUUAAUGCAUUUAAUGAACAAAAGAAAUGUGUUAUUGAACAAUAUAAUAAUUAUACAGUAGCUCAAAUCGAUAUGAAGAUCAAUGGUGAGCAAACUCAAGACGAAAAUAUUGCUGAUAAUGGUGGAUUGAAAGAGGCGUUUUUAGCUUAUGAAAAAUGGGCUCAAACUAAUCCAAAUAUUGAUAAAAAAUUACCAGGUUUAGCUAAAUAUUCAGCUGAACAAUUGUUCUUUCUUAAUUUUGGUAAAAUAUGGUGUUCAAAAUCCAAAGAUCAAUCUGAAAAAAAUGAUUUAUUGAUUAAUGUACAUUCACCUGGUGAAUUCAGAGUCAUUGGUUCAAUAUCAAAUUUAGUUGAAUUCGAUCAAGUAUUUGGAUGUAAACCAGGUCAAGGAAAUAGUCGAAUAAAUAAAUGUUUAGUAUGGUAA